CUGAGAACAAAACAGUCUAGCGUGACCUCUGUUCUUGACAGAAACAGAAAUGAUCCGGUUCUGAGUUCGGAAUCUACCAACCAAAACAGGAAACGUCCGGUUCCAAACUGAGCCGUUUUAUGGUUCUGCGCUGUGGCAGAACUUUUAAGUUUCUGUUCUGAUUCAAUUUUCUUCAAAGUUUCUGAAUAAAAAUGAGAGUCAAUGUUUUUGUUCCCGUCCGGAUUAUGAGGGUUCUGUUGGUACCUGAAGUUUUGCGCCUCAUCAUUGAUGUUCAGUGUGGAACUGGGGGCUCCGUCUACAACCUGGAUGUCCCGGUAAGAACCCGGUUCUGUGAUUAAAACCUUCGAUGUGUCACAUGACCACUGGCCCUUUUCAACAGGUGUCCUAACUAUCUGUGCUACCCAUCAUUCCGUCCUGCCUUGUGACGCGCACAUCGAUGCUACGUCACAAUCUGCUGACUCAGCAGAUUUCUUGUCAUCCUACAUGACAUGGAAACGAAACUCCAUGGAAGUUUCGUUUCGCCUGUUUUAUUUCGUCGAAGAUUAAGGUAAGCUUUAUUUAAUUUAUUUUAUUUACACCUGGAUUUGUAGCCCUGUCCCUGUACUUUAAAAUAUUUUAGUUUAAUUACACUGUUUUUUAUUAAACUUUGCUACAUAGAUUUUGGUAGCGAUACUAUGUGGGAUUGAAGCCGUGUAAUAUUAGUGUAUCUUAAUGACAUCAGCGACACAUUAUGGCUGCUGCUGAUAACAGACAUAUAAAGUAUUAAUGCGCAUAAAGGAGUCGCAGUGAUCUGUAUUUGCAGAUCUUUAUUUUAAUUUUAAUAAAAAUCGUCUUCCUCUGUCUGCUACUGAUUCAUGCUUACAAACACCGCCGGUUUGACUGUGGCUCCGUCUAUUUCCUGGAUUAGAAGUUGCUGAGCCGAAAGUUUGUCAGAAGAAAGUUGCCGUGUGGUGAUGGAGGUCACGUGACCGGAGACGCCGCCGUCACCUUUAAUUAGCCCACUUCCGGUCCCUCAGCGGGGAGAUUAGAGAGGACGGCCUUACAUGGACACGCAGCGGAGCGUCUCCUCCGGCCUUCGUUUGGGAGACGGAGAGACGGAGCCGAGGACGGCGGAUCCGUGAGCUGCAUCAUCAUCCUCAUCAUCCUCAUCAUCAUCCUUUAAUAAGAGCGGCGCAGGAGGAGGCGGAGACGCUCUUCAUCACUCCUGGAUUUAUUUGCUCUUCUUCCAGAUCCCUGCAGAAAUAAACAGCGAUAUUAAACUUUAUUAUUAUUGUUCGACUCGGCGGCUUCAGCUUUAAUAAAGAGCCUGUUGGAGGAAAUCGCGCCGUUUUCACCCUGAGGAGCUGAAAACAGGAAGUUCACCAGAUCUUCCUGCUACUUCUGAGUCUUUUUCAUGGCUUGACACCUCCCUGACCUCUGACCCCUUCUCCCCACUCAACAUGUCCAACCCACUCGCCUCUCGCUGCCCAGACCAGACCAGGAAGUCGGAUCAGGUGGAGCAGUGAGCCCUGCUUUAACUAGGCCUCCCACCUUUAGCCAUUAGCCCCGCCCCCUGACGCCUCUAGACUCCUCCUCCCGUUAAACGCUCUGAUGCAAGAUGGCAGCCGGCGUAGCCACGUGGCUGCCGUUUGCGCGGGCAGCGGCGGUGGGCUGGCUGCCGUUGGCCAAGAAGACGAUGCCCAAACCUCCGGUGGACAACUCGUCCCGAUCCGACGAGAUCCUGUACGUCAACGUGAGCGGCGUCCGCUUCCAGACGUGGAAGAACACUCUGGACCGCUACCCCGACACGCUGCUGGGUUCCUCGGAGAAGGAGUUCUUCUACAACGAGGACACCCAGGAGUAUUUCUUCGACAGAGACCCAGAGAUGUUCCGGCACAUCCUGAACUUCUACCGGACCGGGAAGCUGCACUACCCCCGACACGAGUGCGUCCAGGCGUUUGACGAGGAGCUGGCCUUCUACGGCAUCGUGCCAGAGAUCAUCGGGGAUUGUUGCAUGGAGGAAUACCGGGACAGGAAGAAAGAGAACCAGGAGCGGCUGGCAGAGGACACGGAGGCCAACGAGGCGACCGACGCCCCGCUGCCCCCCCACAGCACCUCCAGGGAGCGGCUGUGGCGCGCCUUCGAGAACCCUCACACCUCCACCAUGGCGCUGGUCUUCUACUACGUCACGGGCUUCUUCAUCGCCGUGUCGGUCAUCGCCAACGUGGUGGAGACAGUGCCGUGCCGGCCGCCCAAGGGCAGCGUGAAGGAUCUGCCCUGUGGCGAGAAGUACCAGCUGGCCUUCUUCUGCAUGGACACGGCCUGCGUUCUCAUCUUCACCUUCGAGUACCUGAUGCGCCUCUUUGCGGCGCCCAGCCGCUGCAAGUUCAUGCGCUCGGUGAUGUCGGUGAUCGACGUGGUGGCCAUCAUGCCCUACUACAUCGGCCUGGUGAUGCCGGAGAACGAGGACGUGAGCGGCGCCUUCGUCACCCUGCGGGUCUUCCGGGUUUUCCGGAUCUUCAAGUUCUCGCGGCACUCGCAGGGCCUGCGCAUCCUGGGCUACACGCUGAAGAGCUGCGCCUCGGAGCUGGGCUUCCUGCUCUUCUCGCUCACCAUGGCCAUCAUCAUCUUCGCCACCGUCAUGUUCUACGCCGAGAAGGGAACCAAGGGCUCCACCUUCACCUCCAUCCCAGCCUCCUUCUGGUACACCAUCGUCACCAUGACGACGCUGGGAUACGGUGACAUGGUUCCUAACACGAUCGCAGGGAAGAUCUUCGGCUCCAUCUGCUCCCUGAGCGGCGUUCUGGUCAUCGCGCUGCCUGUCCCGGUCAUCGUGUCUAACUUCAGCCGGAUCUACCACCAGAACCAGAGAGCCGACAAGAUGAGAGCGCAGCAGAAAGUCCGUUUGGCUCGAAUCCGCAUGGCGAAGAAAGGAACUUCAAACGCCUUCCUGCAGUACAAAGAGGACCACACUCUGGGAGACCGGAACAGCGACAGCACGGCUCUGUGUGUGAAGAACAGAUCCGCCUUUGAGCAUCAGCACAACCACCUGCUUCACUGUCUGGAAAAAACUACGAACCACGAGUUCACCGAUGAGAUGACCUACAGCGAGCUCUGCAUGACCGAGUCGGUGGGCUUCCGGACCAGCCGCAGCACCUCUCUGUCCAGUCAGCAGGGGGCGCAGAACAACUCCACAGGCUGCUGCCCCCGCCGGGCCCGCAGAAGAGCCGCCAUGCGACUGGCCAACUCCACGGUGUCCGUGAGCCGGGGCAGCGUCCAGGAGCUGGACACCCUGCAGUUUAAGACCACCUCCAUACCGCCACAAACUCGAUCCAGCCUCAACGCCCAGCCGGACAACCUCAAGCUGAACUGUGGUGAUCAGGACUUCACCGCCGCCAUCAUCAGCAUUCCCACUCCGCCUGCCAACACGCCGGACGAGAGUCUGCCUCCGACGCCUACGCCCGUCCCCGGCAUCCUGCGGAACACCCGGGCCACCGCCUACACCCACGAAACCGUCAAGAUCUCCUCCUUAUAACCUCUGACCCCUGCUCCCCCAGACUUCCACCCUCCCACUCUGAACCUCUGAACUUCUGGUUCUGAUCCGUGGCCCGGGAUCAUCCUUGGAGCUGCAGGAAGACCAGAUGAGCAUGAAGCUGAAGCUGCAGAACCUUUAGAUUUUAUUCUCCUGGGAACGUUCAGGAAUCAGAACAUUGAUCCGGUCCAACACCCCCGACACGGACCAUCCGUCCUGGACCGGAUCAUCCUGGACCGGAUCAUACUGGAUCGGUUAAACCAGCUGGUCCAGCAGUUUCUUUCUUUGGGUUUGGUUCUGUUUAAACGGGUCGGAUGGAAAGCGGCGCCGUCUAGAAAUUAAUCUUGUUGGAGUGACUGAACUCGGGUUUUUGGGUCAAGCUAGAAGCUCAGUGUUUUGGCCCUGUUUUCAGUGAGAACCGGGUUCGUUGUGGGAUUGAAUCCAGGAUCCAAAGACAGAAUCUUCAGGAUUAACAAUGUGGGUUUGGAUCGCUUGGUUCUGAAGAAUGGAAGCACUGGUGAUGGAACCAACAGCCCAAACCGGACCGGACUGAUUCUCUCCUCCUGCAACUGAACCUUUGGACUGCUGCAUGCAGGUUCUGAUCCAAACUGCUCUGGUUCUGCUUGUUCGAUGCGGACCAAGAACCUUUUACUCUUUAAAAUAUGCAACGUUUCUCUGAUGAGGAAACCAGAACUGGGAGCUGAACAGAACUCCAGCAGAACCGCAGAGCGAAUGGCUUUCAUCUGUCAUGUGACAGGAAGACUUCUGGAGGAAGUACCUGAAGGUUCCCCAGCUGGAGGUUCUGAUGAUCCGGUUGACGUGCAUCUUCCUGUCAGACGGUCCAUACAGAACCAGAACCAGAACCAGCUGAUUCCACCAGAGUCACAUGACCAACCAGCUGGUUCUGACCAGUUCUAGUCCUUUGGUAGGUUCUGGUUCUGUUUGGUUUCUGGUCCAAAUGAAGCAGUCAGAGGCUCCAGCUGAAGAGUUCUGGACAGAACCGAGGACCAGGUUCAACUGAUGAUCCAGUAGAACUGCUCAGCAGCUGGAGGUUCUGGUCUAACUCGUCCAACUGGAUGUGACCUUUGACCUUCCCAGCUGAUGACAGGCGCUCACCAUUAGCUGAGUUGUUGGAAGGCGUCCCGGUCCAGAUGGUUCUGUUUCAGUACCUUCAGUUUGUUCUGGAUCUGUGACUUUCUGGUCCGGGCCCAACUGGUAUCAUGGUUCUGGUUCAUCUUGAAACUCCGGUGGCCUGGAGUCCCGGUUCGGAGUCGAUCCGGCGGGUCGGAGUGACGCUGCUUGUUCCUCCUGCUUCCUGCUGCUGUCUCCAAACUGGCCACUAGGUGGUAGAACUGAACAACAUGGAUCCUUUAGCCGCUGCAGUUGAACUGGUGUUUGUCCUUUUUGGCCCGGUUCUGAAGUCCAACACCGAACUUUUCUAACAAUCUUACAUAAAUGUAACAACAUAAAGACAAACAAACAUGAUAAAAAUUUCUGCUGUUUGGAGGAAAAGAUGAAACAUAUUUCCUGCUCCGCCUUUCCGUCUCCGUCUGAGGAGCAGGAAGCAGGACAGGAAACAGGAAGUAGCAUGUUGACCCGGCUGGGAGAACCUGAAGGCUCGCUUUCUCCAGCAGAGCAAACUGAAUGCUGUAACAUAUUUUGUAUCAUAAAUGCUCCAACCAAAACAGAGACAAUUAGAUGGAGGAGUCAGGGAGCCGCUGGUGAUCAGGGAGCCGCUGGUGAUCCUCCUGCAUGAGCCUCGUAGAUGUAGCUCCGCUCAUCAUCUAUCUACCCAACAAACAAACCGAGGACAGAAGAAGAAGAAGAAGAGCUCUUCUUUUGUCCUUAUGCAUGAUGAUGUUGGUUCUGUUAAUUUUCUUCCUUCUUUCUUUCCUACUUUCCUUCCUUCCUUCUGUCUUUCCUUCCUUCCAUCCUUUCUUCUUUCCUUCCUUCCUGUGGAUUUUUUCUCCACUGAGGAGAAAUCAAGCAGAUUAUAUCAGAGUUCCUGAUUUCAGAUUCAUUCAGGCAUGCUCCUCCAGUGUGUGUGUGUGUGCGUGCGUGUGUGUGUGUGUGUGUGUGGUGAGCAGUCACUACUAUGCAUGGAUACCGUUGUAGGUAUUUUAGCUGUUUUCUCCUGCGUUGACGCGGCGACAGACAGGAAACACUCCAGAAGGUUUUUCUUCUUCUGCAGCUUCCAGACGAAAUGACGUGUCAACACGAGCAACGGUCAACAGGCAACUAAUGCAACAAAAUUCAGUUCAGUUCUAAGCUGUGGAUAAUUGAUUUCCUUUCUUGCCCCAAAUGAAAGUUAUUUUUGUAAUUUGUAUUAUUGUUGCUGCAGCAGCUGGAAGGUUUUGGGUUUGAAUCCCGGCCUGCAGGUUGCUUGUUCUCCUCCCACAGACCAGAAACACGACUGUCAGGCCGACCCUGGACUUCUGACCUCUGACCUCAGUGGCACCUAUAAAUGGCUGACUGAAGGCAUUUACAGGAAAAUAAUACAAAAUUCUGAAAUAAAUCAAAUAUUCAAAAUGGAAUUUUUAUUGCAAUGUAAUAAAAAUAUUCAUUUCUGCCACACGUCUUAAAGUUGAUAACAGAACGACUGAUUUUACAAACAUUUUUGUUGCAUUUUGUUGUUGGAAUGAAUCUAUUGAACUUUUUCUCUGAAUCUGCAUGGAGAAAAAUAAACUUGUUGAAAAUAAAUAAGCUAAAAAAUUACAAUAAAAUAAAUCAUCAAAUAUUGCAUCCAAAAAAUUAAAAAAAAUCAAUAAGGGUACCAACUCAUUUGAUUAUACAACAUAACUAAUAUUUGUUUAUUAGUUUCAGCAGUACUACUUUAACAUUAUUCUGUAUUCUUUUCAUUUUUCUUUAUGGGAAAAAUGUUUUAUUGUAAAACAUUUUUAUUUUCUCCACAAUAAAACUGUUGAAUUAUUAGGGAGAAAAUGAACCAAUGUAUCACUAAAACAGUGACAAAAUAAGUAAAAAUUAUUAUAUGAAUUCCAAUAUAUAAAAACUUUGAAAAGGUUUUGAUAUAUUAAUUUUGAAAAAAUAAAAUAAUGUAAUGUGACAGUAAAUUUAGAAAUCAUUAAAUGAAUAGGCAAAAUAAAAAUGUUUUUAAUAAAAUCAUGAAAGAAAAAAAGGAAAUGGAAAAUUAAAUGACUGAUAUGUUAAAUUAAUACAGCUGAAAAUGAUGAACAGAUAUUGAUUAUUGUUUCUCUGUGUUAUCAAUAUUGAGUUUUGUGUUCAAUAUUUGGCAGAUGAAUUAAUUUAUCUAAUUAUUGAUACUUGUGUUUAUUGGAGGUUCAGUCAGGAUCAGUUCAUCCUGGAGAUUUGACCUUUGACCUGACCGGCCGACAGACCAUGAUGAUGAUGAUGAUGACGCAGUGAGGGAGGAAACAGCAUUAAAGCACACAGGUGUAUAAUCCAUUCCACUAAUAAAGAGCAACAGAAACUGAA